AGCUGUGUGUCCAUGAAGAGUGACAGGUCAAAGUGUCACUCCAUUAAUUUCAAAGGACAGCCUCCCUCUGCUGCAAAGAAAGUGGACCAGGAGAGCUCAGAGGUUCCCAGUGCUCAGUCUGCCCAGCAGUAUCAAACACACCUGGACUCCAUAUUUAUGCUGCUGGAGGAGAACAUUGUCACUUUUGUGAAGAAGGAGCUGAAGAAGAUCCAGAAGGUUGUGAGUCCAGAUUACCCAGAAUCCUCAGAGAGUCAGAGGGAGGAUGAGGAGGUGUUGGACGGUGAGGAUGAAGAGCAGAGGAGGAGCAGCAGAGAGGCUUUUGUGAAGAUCACAGUGAACUUCCUGAGGAGAAUGAAGCAGGAGGAGCUGGCUGACUGUCUGCACAGCAGACAUGUUGUUCCAGUUUGUCAACGUAAACUUAAAUCUACUCUGAAGAAGAAGUUCCAGUGUGUGUUUGAGGGGAUCUCUAAAGCAGGAAACCCAACCCUUCUGAAUCAGAUCUACACAGAGCUCUACAUCACAGAGGGAGGGACUGGAGAGGUCAAUGAUGAACAUGAGGUCAGACAGAUUGAAACAGCAUCCAGGAAACCAGCCAGACCAGAAACAAGCAUCAGACAAGAAGACAUCUUUAAAGCCUCACCUGGAAGAGAUGGACCAAUCAGAACAGUGAUGACAAAGGGAGUGGCUGGCAUUGGGAAAACUGUCUUAACACAGAAGUUGACUCUGGACUGGGCUGAAGACAAAGCCAACCAGGACAUACACUUCACAUUUCCAUUCACGUUCAGAGAGCUGAAUGUGCUGAAAGAGAAAAAGUUCAGCUUGGUGGAACUUAUUGAUCAGUUCUUUACUGAAACCAAAGAAGCAGGACUCUGCAGGUUUGAAGAGGUCCAGGUUCUGUUCAUCUUUGACGGUCUGGAUGAGUGUCGACUUCCUCUGGACUUCCACAACACUGAGAUCCUGACUGAUGUUACAGAGUCCACCUCAGUGGAUGUGCUGCUGACAAACCUCAUCAGGGGGAAACUGCUUCCCUCUGCUCGCCUCUGGAUAACCACACGACCUGCAGCAGCCAAUCAGAUCCCUCCUGAGUGUGUUGACAUGGUGACAGAGGUCAGAGGGUUCACUGACCUACAGAAGGAGGAGUACUUCAGGAAGAGGUUCAGAGAGGAGGAGCAGGCCAGAAGGAUCAUCUCCCACAUCAAGACUUCUCGAAGCCUCCACAUCAUGUGCCACAUCCCAGUCUUCUGCUGGAUCACCGCUACAGUUCUGGAGGAUAUGUUGAAAACCAGAGAGGGAGGAGGGCUGCCCAAGACCCUGACUGAGAUGUACAUCCACUUCCUGGUGGUUCAGUCCAAACUGAAGAAUGUUAAGUAUGAUGGAGGAGCUGAGACAGAUCCACACUGGAGUCCAGAGACCAGGAAGAUGAUUGAGUCUCUGGGAAAACUGGCUUUUGAGCAGCUGCAGAAAGGAAACCUGAUCUUCUAUGAAUCAGACCUGACAGAGUGUGGCAUCGAAAUCAGAGCAGCCUCAGUGUACUCAGGAGUGUUCACACAGGUCUUUAAAGAGGAGAGAGGACUGUACCAGGACAAGGUGUUCUGCUUCGUCCAUCUGAGUCUUCAGGAGUUUCUGGCUGCUCUUCAUGUCCAUCAGACCUUCAUCAACUUUGGAGUCAAUCUGCUGUCAGAAGAACAGUUAACCUACCUGUGGCUUGAAAUGUCCAGAGACCAUCCUGAUCCAGAACAAUUCUACCAGAGCGCUGUGAACAAGGCCUUACUGAGUCCAAAUGGACACCUGGACUUGUUCCUCCGCUUCCUCCUGGGUCUUUCACUGCAGACCAAUCAGACUCUCCUACGAGGUCUGCUGACAGAGACAGGAAGUGGCUCACAGACCAAUCAGCAAACAGUCCAGUACAUCAAGAAGAAGAUUGAAGAGACUCCCUCUGCAGAGCAAAGCAUCAACCUGUUCCACUGUCUGAAUGAACUGAAUGAUCGUUCUCUAGUGGAGCAGAUCCAACAGUCCCUGAGUUCAGGACGACUCUCCGGAUAUAAAGUUUCUCCUGCUCAAUGGUCAGCUCUGGUCUUCAUCUUACUGUCAUCAGAAAAAGAUCUGGACGUGUUUGACCUGAAGAAAUACUCUGCUUCAGAGGAGGCUCUUCUGAAGCUGCUGCCAGUUGUCAAAGCCUCUAACAAAGCUCUACUGAGCAGCUGUAACCUAUCAGAGAGAAGCUGUGAAGCUCUGUCCUCAGUUCUCAGCUCCCAGUCCUCUAGUCUGAGACACCUGGACCUGAGUAACAAUGACCUGCAGGAUUCAGGGGUGAAGCUUCUGUCUGCUGGACUGAAGAGUCCACACUGUACCUUGGAGACUCUCAGACUGAGCAGCUGUAAGCUCUCAGAGAGAAGCUGUGAAGCUCUGUCCUCAGUUCUCAGCUCCCAGUCCUCUAGUCUGAGACACCUGGACCUGAGUAACAAUGACCUGCAGGAUCCAGGGGUGAAGCUUCUGUCUGCUGGAUUGAAGAGUCCACACUGUACCCUGGAGACUCUCAGGCUGUCAGGAUGUCUGAUCACAGAGGAAGGCUGUGCUUCUCUGGCCUCAGCUCUGAGCUCCAACCCCUCCCAUCUGAGAGAGCUGGACCUGAGCUACAAUCAUCCAGGAGACUCAGGAGUGAAGCUGCUGUCUGCUGGACUGAAGGAUCCACACUGGAGACUGGACACCCUCAGGGUGGAGCCUGGUGGAGUCCAAUGGUUGAGACCAGGUCUGAGGAAGUAUUUCUGUGAACUCACCAUCGACACAAACACAGUAAACAGAAAGAUCAAACUGUCUGACAACAACAGGAAGGUGACACGUGUGGAGGAGGAUCAGUCAUAUCCUGAUCAUCCAGACAGAUUUGAUCCAUGGCCUCAGCUGCUGUGUAGUAAUGGUCUGACUGGUCGCUGUUACUGGGAGGUCGAGUGGAGAGGAGGAAGGGUUUAUAUAUCAGUGAGUUACAGAGGAAUCAGAAGGAAAGGAGACAGAGAAAACUGUGUGUUUGGAGAGAACGAUCAGUCCUGGAGUCUGAUCUGUGAUGGUCGUUACUCUGUUUGGCACAAUAACAGAGUGACACCUGUCUCUUCCUCCUCCUCUUCAUCAUCUUCCUCUGUCUAUGACAGAGUAGCAGUGUAUGUGGACUGUCCUGCUGGCUCUCUGUCCUUCUACAGAGUCUCCUCUGACUCACUGAUCCACCUCUACACCUUCAACACCACAUUCAAUGAACCUCUGUAUCCUGGGUUUCAGUUCUGGUGUUCAGUCUGUACCUGUCUGUCUCUUUCA